AUGCGCUCGAUCGUAUCUUUCCUGGCUACGGCCGCUGUAUUCGCUGGCCUUGCCUCAGCUGCUCCAUCUAUUAAGCAUGACAGACGCUCUUUAGUCGAACGCGAAGGCGUUGUAUACAAUGUCUUUGAGCAUGCUGCCACAGGCGCGAAGAUUGAGUUCGUCAAUAACUCCGGCAUUUGCGAAACAACCCCAGGCGUCAACCAAUACUCUGGUUACCUCAGUGUCGGCACAAACAUGAACAUGUGGUUCUGGUUCUUCGAAGCACGACAAAACCCCUCCACUGCUCCUCUCGCUGCGUGGUUCAAUGGAGGUCCCGGCUGCAGCUCGAUGAUAGGGCUCUUCCAGGAAAAUGGACCCUGCAAGUUUCCCUUAGGCGGGUCGAGUACCAAGCCCGUCAACAAUACCUUUAGCUUCAACAACUAUGCCAAUAUGCUCUACAUCGAUCAGCCAAUUGGCGUGGGGUUCUCUUACGGUACCGAUUCAGUCACUUCCACUGAGACUGCGGCUCCGUACGUGUAUAAGCUGAUUCAAGCGUUCUAUGCGUCGUUCCCUCAGUACGAAUCUCGCGACUUUGGUAUCUUCACAGAAUCUUAUGGCGGACAUUAUGGGCCCGAAUUUGCCAAAUAUAUCCUGGACCAGAACAAGGCCAAUGCUGGGGAGAAGAUCAACAUUGUCGCCCUAGGCAUCAACAACGGCUGGUUCGAUGCCAAGAUUCAGGAACCCGCCUAUGCUACAUAUCUGUACAACAACAGCCACAAGCCGCUGAUCAGCAAGAGUCAAUACACGUCGUACAUCAAUGCUUACAACAGUAAAUGUCUUCCGGCAAUCAACACAUGCUACUCCAGUGGCACCAAUUCCGCGUGCAGCAACGCCAACAAUGUCUGCUACAACGCAAUUGAAGGACCACUUUCGAGUGUCGCAGAUUUCGACGUCUAUGACGUUCGAGCACCAAGCAAUGACCCGGAGCCUCCGGAGACGUACGUUGAUUACCUGACAUCGGCCGCUGUCGUGAAGGCCAUUGGGGCAAAGUCUACUUAUACAGAGUGUUCUGAUUCCGCAGGCAACAAGUUCUCUCCUAGCGGUGAUAACCCGCGCUCCUUCUUGGAUGAGCUUAGUGAUGUAGUCUCAGCAGGUAUCACUACGCUUAUCUGGGCGGGUGAUGCAGACUGGAUUUGCAAUUGGUAUGGAGUGCAGGACGUUGUGAAUCAAGUCACAUACUCGGACCAGACUGCGUUCAGAGCGAAGACCCUUGGCCCGUAUAAGGUCAAUGGAAAGGAAGGAGGGCAAUUCAAGACUCAAGGAAAUCUGUCUUUCUUGAGAGUCUAUGAUGCCGGUCACGAGGUGCCGUACUACCAGCCUGAGUUGGCACUCCAAGCCUUUAUUCAGACGAUGAAGAAGGGUACAGAACUACUUUCGGGCCUUGAUCUGGCGCCCGAAGUCGUGGCCGAUCUGGCCGAUGUACGAGACUUCAUCGUCGAACACUGUCACAACCUGAAGCAGAAGACUUGGCAACGAGUAGGUUUGUACAAUGUGUAUUUGCAGAACAAGCGCAACCUGCGCCUGGUGACGACAAACUGUGCUGUUCCCAAGGCGAUCUACGCGGCCUCUGCGAUUGAUUCCAUACAAGAGAUGUGUUCCGCCGGUGUCGAGAAACUUCUGGCCACGGCCGCUACUGCCGCUACUCUCGAGGAUGUCUGUACUGUGGAGAACGUGCAGUCCGCCCUUCCUGCGGAUGGUGACAUCCUAGGCAUUAACCUGCUCCCUGAUACUAUCACCGCGGCCGCUGUGUAUAAUGCGUCAACUGGAGGAGGAAUGAUGAAGAGACAAGAGGGAGGAUCGACCAGCAGUGCCACCUACUCUUACUGCAACGUUACCGUGUCUUACACUCAUACCGGCAAGAACGACACGAUCCCGGUAAUCUUCGCUCUGCCUCAACCGUCAGACUUCAAGAACCGCUUCUACCUCAGCGGUGGUGGAGGGUUCUCCCUUUCUAGCUCCGCUACAGGUGGUCUUUCUUAUGGAGCUGCGUCUGGCGCUACCUCGGCCGGAUACGAUGCCUUCAACAACGCCUAUGACACGAAGGUCCUGUAUGGCAAUGGAUCCAUUAACUGGGAUGCUACCUACGCUUUCGGCUACACUGCUCUUGGGGAGCUGACUAAGAUCGGGAAACCUCUUUCUCAGGCUUUCUAUGGGUCCGUCAAUGCUUCGAAACUUUACACAUACUUCGAGGGUUGCUCAGAUGGUGGCCGAGAGGCAAUGAGCCAGGUCCAACGCUGGGGAGAAGAGUACGAUGGGGUAGUCGCUGGAGCCCCCGCUUUCCGCUUCGCACAGCAACAAGUCACCCAUGUGCUUCCCUCCGCGAUCGAGCAAACUCUAGACUACUAUCCACCGCCUUGUGCCUUGAAGAAGAUCGUCAAUGCGACCAUCGAUGCUUGCGAUUCGCUUGACGGACGCACUGAUGGUGUCAUCUCUCGUACGGAUCUCUGCAUGCUCAACUUCAAUCUGAGCUCCAUCGUUGGAGAAUCGUACUACUGCGCAGGCCAAACGAGCACUUCGCUUGGUUUCGGCUUCAGCAAGCGUCAAGCACCGGCUGGUAGCUCAUCAUCCUAUCAGCCAGUCCAGAACGGCACUGUCACAGCAGAGGAUAUUGCCGUCGCCCAGGGUGUCUACGACGGACUGUUCAACUCCCAGGGCGAGCGCGCUUACAUUGGAUGGCGGAUUGGUUCGGAGCUCAGCGACGCAGAGACCACAUGGGACAACGACACCAGCUCUUGGGCAAUGAACAUUCCCUCUACGGGCGGCGAAUACGUGACCAAGUUUGUGCAGCUCCUCGAUCUGGACAACCUUUCGGAUCUGGAAGGUGUCACGUACGACACGCUUGUUGACUGGAUGAACACGGGUAUGAUCCGCUACAUGGACAGCCUUCAAACCACCCUCCCAGACCUUACGCCCUUCCAGUCAACUGGUGGAAAGUUGCUUCACUACCACGGCGAAUCUGACCCCAGUAUUCCCUCCGCUUCCUCGGCGCACUACUGGCAAUCUGUUCGCUCAAUUAUGUAUCCCAACGCCACCGACGAGGAAGCUCAAGAGGCUAUGGCCGACUGGUACCAGUUCUACCUCAUCCCUGGAUAUGCCCACUGUGGCAGCAACUCCCUCCAGCCGAACGGCCCCGCUCCCGAAGACAACAUGGCGACCAUCAUCGACUGGGUGGAGAACGGCAUCACGCCCAGCCGCCUGAACGCCACCGUAUCCUCGGGCGACUACUCCGGCGAGGUGCAGCAGCUGUGCCAGUGGCCUCAGAGACCGAAGUGGUCCGGUAACAGCACGGACUUCGAGUGCGAGAACGACGAGGCUUCGAUCGAUAGCUGGACAUACACCUUCGAUGCAUUCAAGCUGCCUGUGUACUAG